UUUUUCGGGCGGCCCUGGCGGCUGCGUACUGGCUGUGGGAUGGGAAGUGAAGCCCCAGCGAGUGGCAGCGACGGGGCUGUGAGGAGCAGCCAGGGGGAGGCGGCGGCGGCAGCUAGUCGGUGAGCAGCUGGAAAGAGCGGAGCCGGGAAGCACCUGCAGGCACGGGCGGUGGCUUCACCAUGGCGAUUCGCAAGAAGAGCACCAAGAGCCCCCCAGUCCUGAGCCACGAAUUCAUCCUGCAGAAUCACGCGGACAUCGUCUCCUGUGUGGCGAUGGUCUUCCUGCUGGGGCUCAUGUUCGAGAUAACAGCAAAAGCCUCUAUCAUUUUUGUUACUCUUCAGUACAAUGUUACCCUCCCUGCAACAGAAGAACAAGCUACUGAAUCAGCAUCCGUUUAUUACUAUGGUAUCAAAGAUUUGGCUACAGUUUUCUUCUACAUGCUAGUGGCGAUAAUUAUUCAUGCCAUAAUUCAAGAGUAUGUUUUGGAUAAAAUUAAUAGGCGAAUGCACUUCUCCAAAACGAAACACAGCAAGUUUAACGAAUCUGGUCAGCUUAGUGCAUUCUACCUUUUCUCUUGUAUUUGGGGCACAUUCAUUCUAAUAUCUGAAAACUACAUCUCAGACCCAACUAUCUUGUGGAGGGCUUAUCCCCAUAACCUGAUGACAUUUCAAAUGAAGUUUUUCUACAUAGCCCAGUUGGCUUACUGGUUUCAUGCUUUUCCUGAACUCUACUUCCAGAAAACCAAAAAAGAAGAUAUUCCUCGUCAGCUUGUCUACAUUGGUCUUUACCUCUUUCACAUCGCUGGAGCUUAUCUUUUAAACUUGAAUCAUCUAGGACUCGUUCUUCUGGUGCUGCAUUAUUUUGUUGAAUUUCUUUUCCACAUUUCCCGCCUGUUUUAUUUUAGUGACGAAAAGUAUCAGAAAGGGUUUUCUCUGUGGGCAGUUCUGUUUGUUUUGGGAAGACUUCUGACUUUAAUUCUUUCAGUACUCACUGUUGGCUUUGGGCUUGCAAGAGCAGAAAAUCAGAAACUGGAUUUCAGUGCUGGGAACUUCAAUGUGUUAGCUGUAAGAAUUGCCGUCCUGGCAUCCAUUUGCAUCACCCAAGCAUUCAUGAUGUGGAAGUUCAUUAAUUUUCAGCUUCGGAGGUGGAGAGAACAUUCUACUUUCCAGGCACCAACUGUGAAGAAGAAACCAAUAGUGACUAAAGGCAGGUCUUCUAGGAAAGGAACAGACUUUCCCUUUCAGCACUGCUUUCGCUGCAUUUCACAAAUUUUGAAAAUGGUGUAAAUGGAACAGUAACUUCAAAUGGUGCAGACUCUCCCCGUAAUAGAAAAGAGAAAUCUUCAUAAUGAAUUAUAAUCUAAUUGAUUAAUGUCCCCAAAGAAAUCUGCUUUUUACUAUAUCUUUCAGCACUAGAGAUUUUUUCUGUCCUUGAAAAUACAGUUUGUGCUCUUUGAUUCUUGCUAUUGUACUGUUUCGUGCAUUUUUUUAAAGGGCAUUUGAGGGAAGGAUGAUUACUAUGAGUGAAAAAAAUAUUUAGCUUAGACUAAGCUACCUGCCUUCAAAGUAGUUUAGGGACCACCACCAUAUUUUAUUUUGUUUUUUAUCUUUGAAUGUUUUUCUAAUGAUUUGGAGAGAUAACUAUUUACAAAAAUUCUACAUAUCAGUGAUAAAAUUUCUUGCUCUCACCAAUUUUUUAUAUUAGCGAGAUGACCUCUUCGAGCAAGGUCAUAUUUUUUAAGUUCUCUUUCAGGGUAAAAUGGAAAUACUAUGAAGUUGGAAGUCAAACUUUAAUAUGUUUUCAAGUGUUCUCUAAUUUUUAGGAAUUUUUGUAGUCUUUACACCUCGGAAAAAAGAUUUGUAAAUUCACUAAAAUAACUGUGUGCUUUAUUAUAUAGGUAAUGGUUGUUAAUGUCACAUCCCAUUUAAAAAGAAAACAUACCGUUGGUUAUGAUGUGUGGAGAUUUAUUACCAUAUAUGUUGAAUCAAAAUGUAUGAACUUAAAAGUACAUGUGAAGGAAAAUUUUUCUUGUGUAUUUUCAACACUUAUAAACUGGAAAUCAGAAAAUCAAAUAUUCACUAUAAAGAAGCAAGCUGACUAUAGCCCUUUUUGAUACGUUUAUUAAUAAUGAUUCUUAAUGGGGCUUGUUUGGUAUGCACAGCAUCUUAGAAAAAUACUGUUUAACAUACAAACCCGUUUUAAAAAUAAUGCCUACUUGAUUUAUAUCUAUAAAAAGAAUGUUGGGUAAUUAUAUUUGGAAAACAUUUUCUGCACUAAUCUUAAAGAAAUCGAAAAUUGAGUUGGAUAAAUGGUCUUACAAAGGACAGUGCUUUAUGUUGUAACUAUAGCUUGGUCCCAUCUCUAAUUGAGAAGCAUUUAUCUGUAUAAAACCUAUUUUUGGAUAAAUAUAUAUAUAUAUAUAUAUUUGUAUCUCUACAGAAAGCCUCUAAAAGCAUUUGAGUAAAACAUUUGGUUCCCUUUUCUAUAAUUAUCCUUAAAAAUUCUUACAGCUAUAUUUGGUGUUUUGUUGUCUUCACAGUACCUAUACUGCUCCUUUUGGUGUUCACAUCUUGUUCUCCAUUUCUCACUUUUGUCACCAGCCCAUGUUUGUGCCAUUUUUAGUAUAAAAGUUGCAGGCUUGUUCAGUCUGCAGUUUAAUAAGUUGCCAUGCUGCUAGAAAGUUGUGCUUUCUAUUUCCAGCUGUUUACUUACUUCCUGGAAAAAGUAGUAGCUCUCUGUAGCAUCAUGGAGUUUCAGUGGAACCAAAUUUUUGCCAUUAAAAACUGGCAUUAUAUUGACCUAUACAUUGAGAAAUCAAUCCAAAUAAAAUUUUUACUUUCACAAGCUG